AUGUCGCAAUCAUCAGUACAUCUUUCUAUCCUUAAAGGUUUCAUUCAAACUCGUCUCCCAUAUGUUCGAUUGGUAACUCCCACCUCUCCAGAAUAUGCAGCUGCGCGCUCAACAUUCUGCUUAUCAAAUGCUAUCGUCCCACUUGCCAUUGUGAAACCGGCAACAAUAGCAGACGUAUCCGCAUUGAUAUGUUUUACCACAGACCAUCAGAUCCCAAUUACAGUACGUUGUGGCGGCUAUUCUUAUUUUGGUUCCGAAUUUUCGUCUUCCGCUUUAGCGAUCGAUCUUCGCUGCCUCGCAUCAAUCCGCGUUUCACCCACCCACCAUUCUGCAGCCAUUGGAGGAGGUGUUCUCCAGGGAGAUCUUGCUCGUGAACUGAGUAGAGAAGGCUUGAUGACGCCGGUAGUAGCUAUUCCAUCUAUGGGUUACGCAGGAUGGGCGAUGUAUGGUGGUUAUGGUCCAUUUAGUGCUGCUUAUGGAUUAGGUGUAGAUCAGAUUAUUGGUGUGAAAGUUGUUGAUUCUGACGGAGAGAUCAAAGACUCUGACGAUGAAGGAGAAGAUGGGUUAUUGCGAGCUGUUAGAGGUGGAGGUGGCGCAUUAGGGAUUAUUGUUGAGCUAAGAAUCAAGGUUUAUCCAUUGCAAAAGGUUCUUGCUGGAAAGAUCGUCUUCGAAUCAGAAGACAUAUCAAAAACGGUAGAGAUCUUUAACAGCAGAUUCAAAGAGCUAUCCGCUCGAGGACUGCCUCUACAACUGACAGUCCAACAAUCAAUCUUCCCAAGCUCCCAAGGGCAGGUAUUCGGAGUUCUAUUCAUGUGGGCUUCUGAAGAUAUUGGAACUGGGCGUCAAUUGCUGGCUCAUAUCAAAUCACUUGCGCCUGUCAGCCAAUAUGAAGUCAUCUCCACUACAAUCUCUCAAUGGAUGGAUUCCAAUACUGGAUUUCCUACUAGCGGAUAUGGCAAGCCUCUUACACUAAAUGUACGGAGCAUAACACCAGAUAUUGUGACAGUUUUAGCUAGGAAUUCAAGGCGAAUGCCGGGGGAUUGCUUGGGGUUUUCCAUGCAGGAACUCCGUGGAAUAUCAACAAAGGCAGAUCUCACAGCUGUUUUUGCGGCAAGAGAGCCGCAUUUCAUACUUGAAAUAUUACCAAUAGUACCUGAUAUGAAAAGCCUCGAAGAUGCAAACAGAUGGGGGGAGAACUUCCUAGGAGAGCUUAAAAGAACAAACCCAGAAAACAUAUUGGAGGGGACGUAUAUUUCCUUGACUCGACAAAGCGAGCUAUCACUGUCUAAGAUUUAUGGUCCGAAUUAUGGUAACUUGCUUGAGUUGAAGUGGAUGUACGAUCCGAAUGAUGUUUUUAGCCUGGCUAUACCAAAGCUGAUUGGCAGAGCCUUGUAG